GUUCGGCUGUCGUUGUGACCUUAGUGGUGAAGUGAUGGCGUAGUUUUUUUAAAAGACGAGAUCCGGCACGACGCCAGCAGAAGACCGGGUAGUAAGUUGUACUUACACACUUUGCCCGACUAGAGAUUUUAUUCCAGGUCAUUUCCACACUGUUCGUUGACAGCAUAUGGAGCCGCCGCCUGCCCCGGUGGUUUUGCCGCCGCCUUUACCCGAUGCGAGCGUACCCGGAAGUCCGCCGGCGGACCAAACGGGCAGUCCGAUGCUGCCGAACUUCCCCCCUCCGCCGCCCUCGUCGCCACCACCAGACAGCUCUCCAUCUGUGGUAGAUUUUUGUGGUUGUAGUUUGAUCGUGAUAAUUUAUUUUUUCUGUAUUUUGUUAUCGUGUGAGUGGUCGUUGUCGCAGCAUCGAUCGAUCUAAUCUUCCUAACACCCAGGUUUCCCCUCCGCAGCAACUCCACGACAGUAUGGGAUCGUCUCAACAGCACUAUCACCAGGAACAAUCGGGUGAGCUGGUGCUGGAGUUGAAUGAAGACCAUCACUGGCACCAAAACGGAAACGAGCCCAGCGGGACGCAGCAGGGAACAAACAAGCACCAGCAGCAGGAUUAUUACAAUUACAACAAUCACCACGCCGCGCAAUACUACUACGAGCAGCCGCAUAACCCCUCUCAACACGGAGCGAAUGGCGGGAGCAGUCAACACCACCGCAGCAACUCUGCCAGCGGAGGGUACUAUCACGACCAGAAUUACGACCAUUACGGCACGAACAAUGGUAACUGGAACCAGUCCUCCUACUGGGCCUCGGGUUGGGGGGAGCAGCAGCAUCAGCACGAGCACUCUCACAUCAAACGCGUGGAGCAUACAUCGCAUCAUGGUCAUCAAAACUCGUGUACUUACUACCGUUUUUUUGAAGUAAUCAUGUUGAAUUCCGCUCUUGUUCUGAAAAGAUGUUGUUACAUUCUUCUAGUACCUUGAAUCACAUCACAUCACAUCACAUCACAUCACGAACCCUAAACCCUAAACCCAAACGCACGAAACAAAAAAUCCCAGCCCGCCAAAACGUCGAGUACUUGCAGCAAAGCAUGUUCAACGGGGGCACAAAUCCAUUUUUUCACGAGUACGGUGCGAACCCCAAUUCUAGCCACCACCAACAUCACUAUCUGAAUGGAAACGCGCAGAAAUUUGAUUUUCACGCCAAAACCAGAAACCACGGCCACAACGUGUCGGUUCCCCUGCUCUCGGUCGGCAGAAGUAGCAGCAUUGUUGUGGAUUCCGUGACUGCCGCCGCCCAGGCAAAAAACCGCAGCGCCUCCGACUCCGAAUGGAUCGCGCAGUCGAGUAAUACGGCCGCCGCGGCGCAGCAGCACGCUAAUACUUCUAGGCCUCCGCACCAGAGCACCAGCCACAGCUCGGGCCAAGCGUCCCCGGCGAUCAACAUCAAUCCUCCGCAACAAGUACUAGCCCCAGAUCAUGUUUCGGAUAACUCUUCUGAGGCCAGCUCGAUUUCGAACGAGGUUGAUUUUCCUGACCUGGAUCAGUACUCCACCGACGAUGGGCUGGUUGACGUGGCAGCCUUUCGGCAAUCUGUCGAAGCUUCGCAGAGGUCUCGCACGAAGGGCUCGCUGGAGAUCCGGCGAUGCGCCGACGGCGAACUGGUGCCAGACGGCGUAAAGGUGCCCAAGGAAGUCAUGAAGAGCGUGGAUUUCUUCCUUGCCCUACCGCACAAGACGUUGCGGUCCCUGGACGCGAUCGCGCAGGCCGUGCAGGAAGAGCAAAUGUUCACCUCCACGCAGCAAAUGGACGUGACCCCAGGAACGGCGGACGCCGGGCUGGAUAUCAGAACCGCGGACGGGACCACGUCAACGGUGACCGCAGAAGAACAUCAACCCGCCGCCAAUGCCGUUGACUUACUCAACGGCGGCCUCGUUGUUCCCGAAGUAGGUCUCGCCAACGUCUCCCCCUCCGCGUCGAAGGAAGGUAGCACCUGCGGGGCCAAUGUCCGCCGGCAGGGGCAGGGCCGGCGAGCCAAGUACAAGAUCGAGUUUCAGCUUCUCACGGGCGAGGACGAGGCCGAACCAGAAACGCUGAAAAAGCGCGACGCCGUGUUCCGCCAGGUGGCGGCUCUGGUUGAUGUCGCGAACCAGUCCGAGCACUGCGAGUUGAACAGCAUCUCCGUUGGGGUAAACACAACCACGCCGGUGAUUGCCGGAAACCUCGCGUCCGUGGUAUUGCAGCGCGUGAAGGAGAGUUGCCACCUGCGCGAGGUCGUGGUGAAGAACAUGGUGAUCGGAAAGACGAUGACGGCAGAAACCAUUCAGAUUCUGGCGGACCGCGGGGCAAGGGGUUGGCUGGAGAGUUUGUGUUUGAUCAACACGUGCAUCGGCGACACGGGGGUUUCUGCCAUCGUCGGGCACUUGAUGCAGAGCAAGAAAAGUUCUUCAACCACUGCGGGCAGCAAAACUUCUUUCAAACUUGUCGAGCAGGGGGUGAAUGGCUGCGGCCACGAGGCGGCGGGGGGAGCUUCCGGCUCGCAAACGGAAUCCGAACAAGAGAACGCUCCUGCUGGUAGUUCGUCAGACGCCGAGACGCUGCAGCAAAUGUCAAAAUCGGCCUUGGAGAAACUGGUGGUGAAGGAACAGAACAUCUCCCGUGCGGGCGCAUUAAUACUCGCCGAGGCGCUGCGAACGCCGAACGCCACUUUGGCGGUCUUGGACCUGUCGAAUAACCACCUUGGGUUGGACGGCGUUGACCGGCUCGGGGAAAUGCUAUUCGUAUUCUGCAUAAAGUUUUGUCCUACUUGUACUUUUCGACCUCAUUCUGUGAAAUACUGCCAAAAAGUAGUGGAUCUGGAUUCCUGUUUCAUCUUUCCCGUUUCUAAGUUUGCGUAAUCUUCUUGCACAUAGAUUAUACUCGGCCAGCACUCUGUUGUAUGCCGUGAUAAGGAUUCGCGUAAGAGUACUAGUGCUCGUGGUUUAAUAGGAAGAAAUGCCAAUCAAAUCAGGUCAACAAGUCGCUAAAAGAGCUUUACCUCCGGAACGUGGGGGCUAUGACGUGCUCAGCUGUUACAAUCUCAAAGUCAAACGUUACAAUAGAAUAUGGAAAUCUGUGAUGCGCGAGUGCAUGAUCCAUCCAACUCUCGCAGGAUUGCGCAUGACAAGUUCCGGAGCCCCAAACCGCACUAGAAUCUGGCGAAAUUUGUGUUGCAGAAAGUAGAAUGCUCUGCGAGUCUGUCAUGCUCAUCAUGCAAGACAAAUUCCAGAUUCUAUUGUAACGUUUGAGAUUGUAACACCUGAGCGGGUUAUAGGGGCUUCUGGGAAUUUCUGGAAUCGCGGUUUGUUCAAGGUAGUGGCUAUCAAAUGUAAAAAUGUCUGGGUCUGGAAGAAUGCAAGAUUUGUCAUGCAUAUUUCUCAUGACCCAUGAUGCCUGUAAUGCAUGCCCUAGCAUCACAGAUUUUUUGAGGGAUUCUUGAUGCCCAUUCCGCAUGACAAAUGCCCUCUCCGCGUAGCAAAAAUUAGUCUCUGUUUGCUGCUCAUGCAACACAAAUUUUUUAGUCAUCGAAACGCAGCAUCACAAGUUGCAUUCUUCCAGACCCAGACAUUUUUACAUUUGAUAGUGGCCGCAUUGGAACAAAGCAACACGAUAUGGAAGCGUCAGGUUUGAAAUCGUCAAAGUUGAAAUAAUUUGUAAUGCAUAAAAUGCAUGCCCCGAGGUGCGUGCGUUGCAGAGCAGGCAAGUGAGGCCGAUUGUAAGCCUGUUUGGGGUUACAGCUCGAGCUGCUAAAGUAGCAUGAGAAAAUCACUCUUCUUUGCCUAGACAGCACGACAAACUGGAUUUAGGGACCGCCGAAAUUUGUCAUGCGCCACUUGGAAAAUGGGUUCCAACUGGCAUCCAUUUUAUGCAUGCCAACUGGCAUCCAUUUGUUGGCGAAAAGUAAGGUUUGUUGGCGAACAAUAAACGCAUCCGUUGGCGCAAUGUAAGGAUCGUUGGCGAACGUUAAACGUACUCAGUGGGCGAAAAGUUGGACUUGUUGGCGAAAAGUAUGGUUUGUUGGCGCAAAGUAAGGAUCGUUGGCGAACGCUAAACGCAUGUUGGCGAAGUGAGGACUGUGUGCGAAACGUUGUGCGUGUUAGUAUGGCGAAGUGAGGACUCGUCUAGCACGUUGUGCGUGUUAGUAUGGUGGCCGGGAUCGAAGCUUAUGCCUUAUUUUUAUUUUUGUAUGCGGCGACUCUUUUGGUCGGUAGCGCGUAGUCUUUUUAUUCCGCUGCGUUUUACUCCAUGAUGAGCUUUGACACAUUUCUUUUUGGCUGCUCGUUCACUACCCGCUGGCAGACACCUAUUCUGUCAUGCGAGUUUUGUGUUGCACGCCUGAAAAAAUUUAUAACUUCACUGUGUCGCCUGAUCAAAUUGCGAAAAAGAAAACCUAGAUAUUUAUUUGUUUCGGAGGCCCGCAUCCCUCCUAGCUCUAGUUUCUUCAGCCGAUCCGAAGGUAGUUUGUAUGUGUGCCCUGGCUUUCCGAUAUCGAGCUCUGUUUUGCAUGCAAAAUCGGAAUGUCGCCUCUUGCGCGGAGUUGCUUGAGGACACGUUGUAUGUUUUUGGGACCACCUACCUACUAGCCCGAGGGGGUGCGGGAGCCUGAAAAAAAAAGAAAGUAAGGAAAAGUUGGCGUAAGUGGGAUCAUGUGCCCGAGGAUGAUGGUGAUGGCUUCGGUCCGCCUGACUCCACGACCUGGUGGCCGAACCAUCUGCGGUGAGGUGCCCUUACAGGUUGUGUUGUGGUUUCGGUCGGUUUAGCAUGACAAAUUAUUUCAACUUUGUCGAUUUCAACUCUGACACAUCCAUACACGACUUUGGAGCUGCUCGACCUAGGACAGAACAACAUCAAGGACAAAACGGCGGGUAAACUGGGCGAGAUCUGGAAGAAAUCCGGGCUAAAGAAGCUUUUUCUCAGCGGAAAUUGGCUCGCGGAAGAGGCCAUAUUCCAGAUUUUGGAGUCCGUCGUGCAGCACGACCGGUUGGAGGUGCUAGACCUGGGCGAGACGAAGAUGGGCCGCCUGCCGGCGCUGCGCGUCGGCACCAUGCUGCGGAAGGUAAAGAACUUGAAGACGCUGCUGCUGCAAAAGAACCAAUUCGGCAAGCACGGGGCCGCCGCCAUUUUCGAUGGGCUGAAGGCCAACCGGUCGGUGAAACGGCUGGACCUGAUGGGGAACGAGAUCUGCGACCACGGGGCGGUGGCCUGCGUGCACAUGCUGUGCACGAACAAGACCUUGAAAUACCUGGACCUGCAGCACAACCAUCUCGCGGAAAAGACGGCGAAGACCCUCGCCUCGGUGAUCAGCAACGUCAAUUUGUGUCCACAGCUAACGGUUCUCAAACUGCAGAACAACAAAAUGACCGCUGAGCAGAUCCGUUCCCUGCGGAACGCCCUGUCCGCACGAAAAGCCGCGAUCCAUCCGAUGACGAACGCGGCACUGGUGGCCGCGGGGGCGAACAGCAACGAGGAGGAAGAGGUUUUCCAAAACCACGAAGCGGGGGUGGUCGCGUGA